CCGGGAGCGCGGCAGGGCCUCCAGACCAAGGCGGGCUUAAGGGUGACAUCGGCGCUUUAAAGGGUCCGGGUCAGCUGACUCCCGACUCUGUGGAGUCUAGCUGCCAGGGUCGCGGCAGCUGCUAGGAGAGAUGACUGGGGAGCGACCCAGCACGGCGCUCCCGGGCAGAUGCUGGGGGCCGCGGAUUCUGGGCUUCUGGGGAGGCUGUAGGAUUUGGGUGUUUGCCGCGAUCUUCCUGCUGCUGUCUCUGGCAGCCUCCUGGUCCAAGGCUGAGAACGACUUCGGUCUGGUGCAGCCGCUGGUGACCAUGGAGCAACUGCUGUGGGUGAGCGGGAGACAGAUCGGCUCAGUGGACACCUUCCGCAUCCCGCUCAUCACAGCCACUCCGCGGGGCACUCUUCUCGCCUUUGCUGAGGCGAGGAAAAUGUCCUCAUCCGAUGAGGGGGCCAAGUUCAUCGCCCUGCGGAGGUCCAUGGACCAGGGCAGCACAUGGUCUCCUACAGCGUUCAUUGUCAAUGACGGGGAUGUCCCCGAUGGGCUGAACCUUGGGGCGGUGGUGAGCGAUGUUGAGACAGGAGUGGUAUUUCUUUUCUACUCCCUUUGUGCUCACAAGGCCGGCUGCCAGGUAGCCUCUACCAUGUUGGUAUGGAGCAAGGAUGAUGGUGUUUCCUGGAGCACACCCCGGAAUCUCUCCCUGGAUAUUGGCACUGAAGUGUUUGCCCCUGGACCGGGCUCUGGUAUUCAGAAACAGCGGGAGCCACGGAAGGGCCGCCUCAUUGUGUGUGGCCAUGGAACGCUGGAGCGGGAUGGAGUCUUCUGUCUCCUCAGCGAUGAUCAUGGUGCCUCCUGGCGCUACGGAAGUGGGGUCAGCGGCAUCCCCUACGGUCAGCCCAAGCAGGAAAAUGAUUUCAAUCCUGAUGAAUGCCAGCCCUAUGAGCUCCCAGAUGGCUCAGUUGUCAUCAAUGCCCGAAACCAGAACAACUACCACUGCCACUGCCGAAUUGUCCUCCGCAGCUAUGAUGCCUGUGAUACACUGAGGCCCCGUGAUGUGACCUUCGACCCUGAGCUCGUGGACCCUGUGGUAGCUGCAGGAGCUGUAGUCACCAGCUCUGGCAUUGUCUUCUUCUCCAACCCAGCACAUCCAGAGUUCCGUAAGUGCCUCAUGGGCGGGGUCAGCAGGGAGAGCCCUGUGUCUAGACAAGGCCUGGGCAGAGACCCUCUCCCCCUGACUCUCCUGUUCUCCCCAGGAGUGAACCUGACCCUGCGCUGGAGCUUCAGCAAUGGUACCUCAUGGCGGAAAGAGACAGUCCAGCUAUGGCCAGGCCCCAGUGGCUACUCAUCCCUGGCAACCCUGGAGGGCAGCAUGGAUGGAGAAGAGCAGGCCCCCCAGCUCUACGUCCUGUAUGAGAAAGGCCGGAACCACUACACAGAGAGCAUCUCCGUGGCCAAAAUCAGUGUCUAUGGGACGCUCUGAGCUGUGCGGCUGCCACAGGGGUAUUAGGCCCAGGACUCUGCCUUCAGGACCACGGGUCUGUAGAGGGUCUGCUGGAGAUGCCUGAAAGACAGUUCCAUCUUCCUUUAGACUCCAGCCUUGACAAAAUCACCUUCCCUUUACCAGGGAAAUCACUUCCUUUAGGACUGAAAGCCAGGCGUCCUCUCCCACAAAAAAGUCCUGCCCUCAUCUGAGAAUACUGUCUUCCUAUAUGGCUAAAUGUGGCCCCAUCACCCUCUCUGCCCUCCCGGGACAUUGAUUAGUCCUGUCGGGCAGGGCUAGUGAGAUGUAGAAUUGAAUAAAUGUGAACUCAGGGAA